AUGACAGCUCGAGCGUGGCGCAUCGCGCGCUACCUCCCAUCUCCGUCCUCAAAGUUUAUUAUUAUUAUUAUUAUCACAAGAUUUCUUUCUGACACCAUUGCACGUUUGCAUAUUAAUUCGGGUACCGAACAUGCUCCGAAUAUGAAACAUCAAUGGAUAAUGAGUGUAUUGUUGAUGUAGCGGUGGCUGCGCGUCUCCACUUCACGAUGUAAAUACAAAUUUGAGUUGGAUGAUUUAGGACUAUUAACGUGAUUUAGGAGUUAUUCUGCGUUUCCACCAAAAUGCAUCUGAAGUAGUGUGCUUUAAAGCUUAUUGAUAUUUUAUUGGAGUUCGUAUGGAAACGGUACCACAAGAUUGCUCGAGAUGAUAUUCAUAAUAUCAAUAACAAACAGCAUUGGCGGACAGCCUUCCCCGGUUCUCAUUGGAUAGGGAAGACGCCACUCGUGGUCAGCCCCCCCCUACUUCCUGGGUUUGGAGGCGUGACGGCAGCGGCAGGUCAAGGGGAGAGCAGCAUGGCCGCUUUAUUCAGGGGGUCUCGGAGGCUGUUGCAGAAGAGAAAAGACAAUGUCGACCUCUCGACGGUGUGUCGGUCCAUGGCCUCGAAGACUGCGGUGGGGUUCAUUGGUUUGGGGAACAUGGGGAUCCCCAUGGCCCUGAACCUGCUGAAGAGUGGAUACCCCAUCAUCGCCACUGACGCCUUCCCAGAGUCCGGCAAGGAGCUGCAGGACCACGGGGCCCAGAUCCUGGACACUCCAGCGGAAGUGGCAGAGAAGGCGGACCGCAUCUUCACCAUGCUGCCCUCCAGCCCCAACGUCAUCGAGGCCUACACCGGGGCCAAUGGCAUCCUGAAGAAGAUAAAGAAGGGAACUCUGCUGAUCGACUCCAGCACCAUAGACCCGUCCGUUGCCAAGGAGAUGGCACUGGCCUCUGAGAAGAUGGGGGCGGUGUUUAUGGAUGCGCCUGUGUCAGGAGGUGUGGGAGCUGCCAGUCUGGCACAGCUCACCUUUAUGGUGGGGGGGCUGGAGGAGGAGUUCACUGCUGCCAAGGAGCUGCUGGGCUGCAUGGGAGCUAACGUGCUAUACUGCGGGCAAGUGGGAGCGGGCCAGGCGGCGAAGAUCUGUAAUAACAUGCUGCUGGCUAUUGGGAUGAUCGGCACUGCAGAGACCAUGAACCUGGGCAUCAGGUUAGGGCUGGACCCCCAGCUGCUGGCGCAGGUCCUCAACAUGAGCUCAGGGCGCUGCUGGUCCAGCGACCGCUACAACCCCGCACCCGGCGUCAUGGAGGGCGUGCCCUCCGCCAACAACUACGUGGGGGGGUUCGGUACCACGCUCAUGGCCAAGGACCUGGGUCUGGCUCAGAUCAUGGCCACCAGCACUCUGACGCCCAUCCCGCUGGGCUCUCUGGCACACCAGCUGUACCGCACCAUGUGUGCGCGUGGCUACGCCAACAAGGACUUCUCCUCUGUGUUCCAGUUCCUGCGCGAGGAGGAGGGGCAGUAGGAGGCCCCGCCCCGCACGACAGGCCCCGCCCCUACAGCAGGCCACACCCUCUUUCAAACAGGCAAUAUCCCCUGUGAGUCCCACCCAUCAACAGGCCGCCCACCAGAAGUCCUUCCUGUUGCUGAUGUCAGGUGGGGGCUGAGCUGUUGUGAAGCAGCCUGGUUAGUGACAGUAUCCAUGACGACGAUCAUUCCCGCGUAGUGUGGCAGACAGACUCAGCCCUAGGCCAGCUGUGCACGUUUACUCUCCUGUGUUCAGUCUUUACAGUGUUGACACGCAGUUUGUGUUCAGUGUUCUGGCAUGACCCCUCACCCCUGACCUCUCUACCUCACCCCUGCGACCUCACUCAUCCUGAGAAACACUGUUUAUUUCACCUUAUAUUCCGUCUUACUUUCUCUCCCCCUCUCUCUUUCACUCACCCUCUCUCUUUCUCUCACCCUCUCUCUUUCUCUCUCCCUCUCUCUUUCACUCUCUUUCAGUCACCCUCUCUUUCUCUCACCCUCUCUCUUUCUCUCUCCCUCUCUCUUUCACUCACCCUCUCUCUUUCACUCUCUUUCAGUCACCCUCUCUUUCUCUCACCCUCUCUCUUUCUCUCCCCCUCUCUCUCUCACCCGAGGGUUUGGGUGUUCUUCCUUAUUCCCUGUACUCCUCUCUGUGUGUGAGAGAGAGAGUGUGUGUGUGUGAGUGUGUGUGAGUGUGAGUGUGUGUGAGUGUGUGUGAGUGUGUGUGAGUGUGAGUGUGAGUGUGUGUGAGUGUGUGUGAGAGUGUGAGUGUGAGUGUGAGUGUGAGUGAGUGUGAGUGAGUGUGAGUGAGUGUGAGUGAGUGUGAGUGUGUGUGAGUGUGUGUGAGUGAGUGUGUGUGAGUGUGUGUGAGUGUGUGAGUGUGUGAGUGUGUGAGUGUGUGUGAGUGUGAGUGUGAGUGUGAGUGUGAGUGUGUGUGUGUGUGUGUGUGUGUGUGAGUGUGUAAGAGAGAGUGUGUGUGAGUGUGAGUGUGAGUGUGUGUGUGAGUGUGUGUGUGAGUGUGAGUGUGAGUGUGAGUGUGAGUGUGAGUGAGUGUGAGUGAGUGUGAGUGAGUGUGAGUGAGUGUGAGUGUGAGUGUGUGUGUGUGUGUGUGUGUGUGUGUGUGAGUGAGUGUGAGUGUGAGUGUGAGUGUGAGUGUGAGUGUGAGUGUGAGUGUGAGUGUGAGUGUGAGUGUGUGAGAGUGUGAGUGUGAGAGUGUGUGUGAGUGUGUAAGAGAGAGUGUGUGAGUGUGUGAGUGUGUGAGUGUGUGUGAGUGUGUGUGUGUGUGUGUGUGUGUGAGUGAGAGAGUGUGUGUGAGAGUGUGAGUGUGUGUGUAAGAGAGAGAGUGUGUGUGUGUGUGUGUGUGUGUGUGAGUGAGUGAGAUGGGGUUUGUUGGUUGCAUCAUUUCUUCCGGAUUCUCUCAGGACUUCUUUUGAUCUCACUGCAGAGCUCCCUGUGUCCAUACGGACCAGCAGGGUGCCCUGGUUCUGCCGGUCCGGUUCCGGGCGGGGCAGCUCCAGGUCCUGCUCACACUGUCCUCUGUGCUGCUCUGGGUUCUGUAUGGUUCUGUGUCCAAUAAAGUUUGUGUCCCUGUUGAUCAUC